AUGGCCUCGUUUGAGUCCGACCUCUCUGAGAUCAAAUGUUUUUUACAAUCAAUUGAUCGUUCUCUUACGCUGCAUUCGGGGUCAACGCGAAAUGACGUUGGCCAACAUGAACGUCAGGAACACUCUCAAGACGGUGAAGAUACAACUAUGAUAUCAUAUGAUACCUCGGUCAACGGCUUCUCCGCAUCAACAUGUAGCCGCGAAAUCUCCAGUGGAGAUGAGAGGAAUGGUAUUCAUUCCUUAUCUGAUGUCCCUGGAAAUGGCCAGCAGUCCGAUGUUCCUCAUCCACAUGCACAAGUAAUAUCCUUUCUAUGGUGGAAAUAUCUAGAGGUUGUUGACCCUGUUCUCAAAAUCUUCCAUACAACUAGUAUACAGAGGCUGGUUGUGGACGCCAUCAGUGGUCAGAAGGGCUUGACCAUGGGAGAAAACUUUCUGAUGUUUUCGAUCUACUACGCCUCUGUAGUAGUAAUGUCGACAUCUGAAUGUUUCAAGGAGGUCAAAGAAGAAAGACAAGUUCUAUUGGAGAGGUACCGAAUCCGGUUGGACCAAUUUCUCUCCCUGUCGGAUUUUAUGGAGACGGCAGAUCUUGCCGUUUUACAAGCAUUUGUGAUCUACUUGGCUAUUGGUACAUAUGACGUAAAUGGUCCAGAUGUCCAUAGCAUGGUAGGACUGGCCGUGGGAAGGGCCAUUAAGUUAGGCCUGCAUCGUGAUGGCGAGGGGUUAGGUGUCCCUCUGUUCGAAACGGAAAUGCGUCGGCGUCUGUGGUGGCAGAUAUGUACACUGGAUGUGCGCACAGCUCAGGACCAUAGAUCCGAUCCAUGUAUUCUGGAGCAUUCCUUCAACACGAAGCUACCUGCAAACAUCUCAGACGUCAGUCUUGACCCCGAUAUGAGCAAAUAUCCGGCAAUAAUGCAUCAAAGAACGGAGAUGUUGUUCAGUUUGGUGCAAUUUGAACUGGAGUAUUUCUUACGACAAGUGGCCUUUUCCGAUAAGUUCGUCCAGGAGAACUCGUACACGGCCUUGCCAUAUUCUCGAAUACGCAAGGCUAUUGACUUAUUCCAGGAGAGAAUUCAGAAGCAAUACAUCUCUCACUGCGACCCAAGUAUACCACUGGGUUUCAUGAUGAUAAACCUCGGUCAACUCGUAAUAGAAAAGAUGAGGCUAAAGGCCCGCAAGUCAAGCGAGGAUCAUGGAAGAAAUCAAGAACAAGUUGGUAUCUGCAUCCGGAUCUCGCAGAUCGCUCACAGAAUGAGAGCCCACGAAAAGGGACAGAAGUGGCUUUGGCUUUUGGAACGCCAGCUAGAGUUAGAUGCACUGACCUUUUUGCUGACGUAUUUGUGCGGAGAAACCGAAGGUGCCAAUGUGGAGUUGACGUGGGAGGCAGUGAACGACUUGUAUGACUACUGGAAACGCAGUCCAGAACAUCAUUUUCACCGUCAAUGGACUUGCAUAGUGGAGCUCCGAUCGCAGGCUCUUGACGCCCACAAUUCGGUACCAAAUUCUGAUUAA